AUGACGACGCCUACAUUGAAGCUAAACUCCGGCUACGACAUACCCACGAUCGCAUUCGGAACAUGGGGCCCGGAGGUUCCCCAAGCCGAUAUCUCCAAGGCUGUCACAUACGCUAUCAAAGAAGGAGGCUAUCGACAUAUCGACUGUGCUUGGGGGUAUUUGAACGAGAAGGCUGUUGGGGAGGGUAUCAAGAGGAGUGGUAUCAAACGUGAGGAGUUGUUCAUCACAAGCAAAGUGUGGGGCACAUACCACAAUCGCGUCGAAGAGUCCCUCGGCCAGACGCUCGCCGCGCUCGGAACAGAUUAUCUCGACUUAUACCUCAUCCACUGGCCCGUUACCCUCAACCCGAACGGAAACGACGAUUAUCUUCCCAAGUGUCCGGACGGUUCGCGCGAUGUUAUCACCAAUUGGGAUAUCAUGGAUACUUGGAAACAGAUGGAAGAGCUCGUCAGGAAAGGAAAAAUCCGCUCAAUCGGAACUGCGAACUUCUCUAUCCCCAUCCUCUCGUCUUUCCUCCCUCAUACUACCAUCCCUCCCGCAGUCCACCAGGUCGAGCUGCAUAUAUAUAAUCCAGAUCAUGCUCUCGUAUCUUACUGCAAGGAAAAUGGGAUGGCGGUGAUGGGAUACAGCGCGAUGAAUAGUGAUGAGAAUGCGUUAGUUGAGGACGAGGAGGCGCAGAGGAUAGCGAAGGAGAGAGGGUUGCGCGGGGUUGAUGUCAUAUUUGGGUGGCUGGUGGCCAAAAACAUCAUUGCCGUAACGCUCUCUCUCAACCAAUCGAAUAUCGGUAAACACAUCGACGGGUUCGUAAAAGCGUCGAACGCGCUCACUGCAGAAGAUAUCGCAGUGCUGGACGGGAUUGCUGCCGAAGAGGGUGUUGAUCUCGGGUUCGACAACUGGACGGCGAAGUCGUGGUGA